GUAAAAAUUUGUCUUUGUAAUAUUGACUUGAGAAAACUGUUCUUUGUUAUAAGCUAUGUAAUUUUGGAUGCUUUGUCAGGCAUAUUUCACAUAAUUACAGUAACGUUUAAAUGUCAUCAUUGUCAUCAUCAAUUCUUUAUUCUAUGGCAACCAUCUGCGACGCUCUCUGCAAAGCCAGCCAGCUGGUCCGCUGUGACCGUUGACGGCAUGGCAAGCUUAUGGAAAAGUAAUAUUAAAAAUACAAAUAAUAGUGCAAACGCUGAAAGGAACCUACUUCAGGAGAUUCUCAAGCUAGAUCUACGAGUAAAGUCAUGCAUACAGAACAUCCAAAGUGGUUGCACAAGUCGAGAGGAUUUGAACGCCAAUAAUUUGGAAGCUGCAGAGAGUAUGCGUAGCUACAGAAAAAUGUUGGAGGCUUUGAAAGCACUUGCAAUGGAGCAGGACAAAGUUCAGGACAAGGAGAGGUUACUACUGAAGGCUGAAGAGUGUGUGAAAGGAAUGAAAUGCAACAUUGAAGCACUACGCAAAGCAAACCUUGCUGCUGAAAUGAACAUUCAUGACCAGGACAGGGAGCGGCUCCUGUCUGGAGGACAUGUCAGGCAAAGGGGCCGUGCAGACAAGGAAACACUGCUGAGGAGCACGUCUGGCAUGACAGAGAAUCUGUUCUCCAUCAGCAGAAUGAUGGCGGACCAGGUCAAGCACAGUGAAAAUGCAUUAGAUUUACUUGUGGGCACAUCGUCAGUUAUUACAGAAAGCCAGGAGGAAUCUCGGCAGAUGGGCAGUGCAAUUCUGCAGUCAAAGAAAUUGCUCACAAAGUAUGGCCGCAGGGAGAUGACUGAUCGUGUGCUUAUUUUCCUAGCACUUUUGUUUUUCUUUGCCUGUGUUCUCUAUGUGCUGAAACGAAGACUUUUUUAAAGCACACGGAAUGGUCCUGUGGUCACCAUAAACUGAUGUAAAGGAAAGAAGAUGGGCCACUUUAUGCAGUGUUGUAGCACUUCCGGUGAGGUCCUGUGAUUUGGGAGGGAUGGGAGUGAGCUGCUAGAAGACAAAUGUGGACACUGAUAAAACAAAAGUUUUUUCAGCAAA